AUGGCAUUUCAACCUUCUGAUAACCAAGAUGGUAGCAUUGAUCAGAACCAUCAGUGGUCUGAAGAGUUUCAAUGCGAAAUCGUGGACGGUGUACUGGCACCCACGCCGAUUUCUUAUAGCUACACUCAAUUGGCUUAUAAUCAGCAAACACCACAACCAAUGGCAAGAUCAGAUCAUAUUGAGGGAUUCCAAAGUGGCGAAUCUUCAAGCAGCAAAACGCGCAAUAAACGCAAUAAUGAAGGAGACGAGCCAUUGUCUUUUCGGCUUUUCAAGUCCAUUAAUGGGGCCGGAGAAUACCUCAUCGAAGUCCAUGAGGUGACAAUGGGUAUAACUAGUCGAUCACAUAUACGAGUGAUCGAACAAGAAGGUGCAUGGCGUAUGACUUCAACCGGAAGUGAUGACCUAGGAAAUCAUAUGAAUUCGGAGGCCUCACUCCAAGAGCGUCUAACCGGUUGGACGCUUGAGAAAAGGCAAAGAUCUAAUGGAAAAUAUGAUAUGUUCUAUUAUCACCGACGAAAACAAUACAGAUCCUUUUACGAGAUGACGACAUUCAUACUAUACGCGAACAAGAGGCCGAAGGAUCUACAACUUACGAACAAUAAUGCCGGUACCGUUAUGAUGAAAAGAAUUCAGUUAGAUAUAUAA